AGCAACAACAGCCGCCUUUCUCUUUCAGUCGCCACCGGCCAUAUCUAUCUUUCCCAACCUCUUAUCCACACACGUGCUUUGCCGUCAUCGACAUGAGCAAUAAGAGAACCGUAGCUGCCGAAGUCGUAACAAGGCAACCCAACAAUGACAUGUCCUUAUGUUUAUGGUUUGUUUAUAAAAAUAUGAUUCAAUUGCAUCCACAAAUGACAAUUACUGGUUCAUAGAAUUGUGACAAUGAGAUUGACAUGUCGUUUUUGUUUUAUUUGGAUGUAUGGUUUCAGUGGCAUCACAAACUCUAUGCUUUGUUCACAUAAACAUUGGCAACACUAAAUUAUACCCAAAUCAAUUUUAUGAGAUCUACUGUCACGUUCAAAAUUAUUUUUCUCAAAACAAAAUUAUUCCCAAAUCAAUGUUAAUGGAAGAAGAUGAAGUGCAACAUCAAAGAUUAAGAUUAGGGAAGACAAACAUGAACGGCAGCAGGACGGCGAUGGAACUGGCGGCGCCGCUGCGAGUGAAAGAGAAAGGAGGACGGUUGUGUUGAAUGUUGAUACACAUUAGAAGAAGAAGAGAAGGAUGACGUUAUUUUGAUACGCGUAAGAAGAAGAGUAAAGGUUUGAUCCCAACCAUUAGAUUUUUUUUUACACAUGGCGCACAUCCAUACAAUUAAUGGGCUAAAUAGAGGUAAACUUCAAGGAAGAUUCUAGGAAGAAGUCAAAAAACUCACUUCUUGAAAGAAGUCGCCACUGUGGCCAAUUAAUGAAACAGUUGAAUUAGUCAAUUGCCACAUAGGAUUAUAUGGUGUAGAAGGCUUACCAUACAUCUUCAUGUUGCAAACAAGUCCCUAACAAAUUAAAACUUACAAAAUUACCCCAAACUUAAUAUUGUUUUAUUAAUCAUAAUUCCCAAAUAAUCAAAUCAAAUAAUCAAAUAAUCAAAUCACAAUAUCUGUUGUUUCAUUGUUCGUAUUUCCCCAUUCACCAGCCAACCUGUUUGUUCUUCGUCCACCAUUGUUGAACGAAGUGAUUUCUUCAACUUCGUCGUUUCAUCGUUCAUCAACAUCUUAUUUUCUCACCACCCAACCUCUUUUAUCUUAGACUCUAUCGUUCUCCUCCACCAUUGUUGAACGAAGUUCGAGUUCGACAUUCAAAAAUCAGAUGCUCGUCUCGUAUUAAGGAUAACAAUGGAAAACUAUGAUGAGUUUGUUGAUGUUGAUGUUGAUUCCAUUCAUUCAAGUGAACGUGAUUCAUGGGACGAGGAGUUGGACGAUGAAGAAAGUUAUUCGAUAUCUAAUAUGAAUCAAAGUUUAGUGGAUGGCGAUCAUUCAGCUGAUAAUGGCAAUGAUGAUGGAGAUGCAGUUGGAGGCAAUAGCCAGAUAAGGUUUGAUACCAUAACUGCUGAAGAAAUUCGUUCUAUGGAAUUUGCCACUCUUAAUGAAGCUUAUGACUUUAUUACCGUUAUGGUAAGUAUAAUGGUUUUGCUGUUAGGAAAGGUGAUAGUAGGGUAAGAGGUAGUGAAGGUAAUAAAGUAAUAAAAAUGAAGCAGUUUGUAUGCAACAAACACGGUGUAAGAGAGAAGAGACACUUAGUUAGGAUAGAUAGGAAAUUAGAACAUAGACGUUUGACCCGCACUAAAUGUGGAGCCAGGCUUCGUGUGAAAUACAAAGCUGAAAAGGAUAGAUAUGUAGUUUCAGCUUUUGAAGAGACUCAUAACCAUGAAUUAACCCCAGCUAGGUUUGUGCACUUACACCCCGUAUAUCGUAAAAUUUUUGAAGUAGAUAAGGCUCAGGUGGAUAGUCUUCAGAAACGUGGCAUUAGAACAUGUCAUAUAAUGGGGUACAUGGUUGCACAGAAGGGUGGAUAUGCUGAUGUUGGUUUUACAAAGAAAGAUUUGUACAACUAUUUUGAUAAAAAAAUGCGUGCUGUUAUUAAAGAUGGUGAUGUUGCCGCAGCUUUAAACUACCUGAAUAUGAAGUCGUCUAGUGAUCCCAUGCUUUAUGCUGAGUAUGCUGUAGACAACGUUAAUGGAAGAAUGAAGACUCUUUUUUGGGCUGAUGGGAUUAGUAGGACCGACUAUUUUUGUUUUGGUGAUGUGCUUGCAUUUGACACGACUUACAGGAAGAACAAGUACAACUAUCCGUUGGUUGUAUUUUCAGGGUGUAACCACCACUCUCAAACAGUAAUUUUUGGUGCUGCAUUGGUGUCAGAUGAAACGAUGGAGACGUAUAAGUGGGUGUUGAGGUGUUUCCUAGAAUGCAUGGAAGGUAAACAACCAAAAGCGGUGGUAACAGAUGGGGAUGGGGCAAUGAGAGAGGCCAUAAAACAGAUAUUUCCCGAUGCUAACCAUAGGUUAUGUGCUUGGCAUUUGAAUAAGAAUGCAAGUGAGAAUGUGAAGAACGGAAAUAAUUUUUUGGACGGUUUUUCAAAGGCCAUGUACUCAAAUUUUACAAUAGAUGAAUUUGAAGAGUAUUGGUCACAAAUGAUUAAAGAAAAUGGAGUGCAAGGACAUCCUUGGGUAGUCAAAAUGUACGAGAAUAGGUCACUGUGGGCUACUGCAUAUCUACGAGAUAAUUUUUUUGGACGUAUAAGAACUACGUCGCAGUGCGAAGCUGUUAAUGCAAUAAUUAAGAGUUAUGUCAGGAAGCAAGGAUGCAUUUUUGAAUUUAUGAACAACUUUGAUCAGGCUUUGAGAGAUUAUAGAAAUAAUGAGUUGGUUGCUGAUUUUAAAUCAUCGUCUACAGAUCCUGUGUUGUCGACGCAACUGCCUGUGAUUGAGAGUCAUGCUGGUAAAAUAUAUACGGCGGAGCUUUUCAAAGAAGUUAGACAUGAAAUAUUGAAAGCCGGUGAAUUGAUAGUUAGGGAGAAAAGCGAAGUCGGGGGUAGGAAGACUUAUAUAUUGACAAAAUAUUGUAAGGAUGGUUAUGAAAGAAGUGUUGUUUAUGAUGGUUCGACAUUUGAGUGUUCAUGUAAGAGGUUUGAGUCCCGUGGCAUUCCGUGUUCUCAUAUUUUUUACGUAAUGAAGGAAGAACACGUUGAUCGUAUCCCAAGCAAUUUGGUUUUGACGCGAUGGACCAAGGAUGCAAAAAUUCAGUUUUUGAACAGCAGCAAUUUUAAUGAUAAUGUUGAUUUGAAUACGAUUGCCGAAGCUCAUUUUGGUUCAUAUUGUACUGUUUUAACAGAGUUCUGCAAAGAAGCUUCAAAAAAAGAUGGUGUUUAAGCACAAAUAAUGGAAGACCUUAUGCAGCUGAAAAAAAAAGUAUUGCAGUAAAGAUGAUGAUGCAAUCGGUACACAAAAGUCAGCAGUAGGCGAUCCAGUUAUGGUUAAGUGUAAAGGUGCUCCAAAGAAAAACAAUAAUGUCGCAAAAUCUGGCAGGCGCCGUUCAAAUGGCAAAAAUACAACUCCUAAUUCGAAGAGAUGUUCGGGUACACAACAAACGACAGAACAAGUGGCAGAACCGAAUGUCGAUUUGUACUCGGUGUCGAUUUCUGAUUCUGUAAGCCAAAUUGCUGAGAAAAGGAAAAGAAAAGAAGUUUGCAAUGUUCAAAGAAGUGUGCAAAACAAAACUUUGUAUCCGCCGAGAUACCGCGCUGCUACCGUUACGACACCUGCACAUAUGGAAUUACAGAGCUCAAGCAGAAUUAUGAAUCAACAACUGUAUCCUAUGAUGCUUAUCGUACAUCCGAUGAUUCAACCGAUGCCCCUACAACCCAUAUACCCAAUGUAUGGACUGCAACCUGGAAUGCAGCAAGGAAUGCAACAUGGAACGAAUGUUGGUCAAAGUUCAUGCUAUGGUCUGCUACAACAUGUUAUGAAAUCUGCUAAGAAUGAUUGACUAUUUUGAGUAGAUUUGAAUGUAUUUUGGUAAUAGUUAGGUAAUGUUUAUGGAUGAUUUUGGGUGUAAUGUUUGUGGAUAAUUAUUUUGGAGAUAUUGAAACAAAAUUAAAGUUUGGGAUUCGAUGUUUGUUAAAUUUAAUUUAUACAAGUUUUAUU